AUGGAAGAUGGCGACUCUGGGCUACGAGCCCCACGCUACCCAGCGGAGGAUACAAGUCCAACGACGGAUCGGGAGCUGAGGGGAUUUUUUUGUUAUGGAAUUGCAGCUGAGGUUUUUGCUGUUUGUGCAGUUGGUUCAUUUUUACCCGUCACAUUAGAACAACUUGCCCGUGAGCGAGGCGUUCUUUUCAUUGAUAAAGUCACACCUUGUACAGCGAAGAAUGCAACCGCUAUUGCAACUGCUACUGUCAAUGCAUUAUUAUCGAGAGCUGAAGGCUCAGAUACACAUCAGUGUAUUAUCAACGUAUUUGGCACCGAAUUGACAACGGCCAGUUUUGCAAUGUACACCUUUUCUGCUUCUGUGUUCAUGCAAGCUCUUGCCCUUGUCUCUGUCAGCUCGGUUGCUGAUCAUGGUACCUGGCGUAAGAAGCUUCUGGCGGGAUUUGGAUUUACAGGCUCUGUGUCUGCUAUGCUUUUCCUUCUGGUAGUUCCACAGAUUUUUGUGGUUGGAUCUCUGUUAACUGUGAUUUGUGUUGUGUGUCUUGGAUGCUCCUUCGUCAUUCUUAAUUCAUACUUACCACUACUUGUUUUGAACCAUCCAGUUGUUCAAAGCGACGAAGAACCUUCAAAUGAAUCUUCGUCUAUUCCCCUUCAACCGAUAUCCCCCGGACGAGGUGAUCGGGAAUUGGGAGACAAUUUGCGCAAAAAUGCUGGAAAGGAGGUCGAUAUAGGUUCCAAGGCCGACUCGUCACAUCUUCAACUUUCUACGAAGAUCUCCUCUAAAGGAGUGGGGAUCGGUUACACGGCUGCAGUUGCCGUGCAAGUUGUUUGUAUCUUUAUUCUAUAUACCAUGAACAAGAUGGGAGCUUCAUCAACACUUCCUCUCCGGACAGUGCUUUUCUUUGUCGGAUCUUGGUGGCUUACGUUUACCAUUCCAUCAAUCAUGUGGCUCCGAGAUAGACCUGGGCCACCGUUACCAACAGCUCUGUACGAAGGAAGAAAUUUUGUCCAUACUUGCAUGUCGUACACAAUCUUCGCUUGGAAGUCACUGUGGAAAACAGUCAAGGUUGCUGUCAAGCUUCGCCAAGUUCUUCUCUUCCUUGUCGCUUGGUUUCUUCUUUCCGAUGCUGUGGCCACAAUUUCUGCCACCGCUAUUCUCUUCGCCAGAACUGAGCUGCAGAUGGGGACUGUAGCAGUUGCUGUGCUCUCUAUCGUGGCUACCACCUCAGGAAUAAUUGGUGCCACAGUCUGGCCUAUCAUAUCAAAGCGAUUUACACUGAAGACAAAUCAUAUAAUUGUCUGUUGUCUGGUACUUUUGGAAUUGGUUCCAUUGUAUGGGCUCCUUGGUUUUCUACCAUUUGUACAAGCUUGGGGAGUAGGUGGUUUACAGAAAUGGUACGAGAUUUAUCCUUUAGGUAUUAUUCACGGAAUGGUUAUGGGUGGCCUAUCUUCAUAUUGCCGAUCAUUUUAUGGGCUCUUGAUACCUCCCGGUAGCGAAGCUGCAUUCUAUGCAUUAUUUGCCAUCACAGACAAAGGUAGCUCAGCGGUAGGCCCUGCCAUUGUAGGGAAGAUUGUGGAUGCAACAGGACAAAUUCGACCGGCAUUUGGAUUUCUGGCGGUAUUAAUUGCAUUACCCAUUCCUCUGAUUUGGAUGGUAGAUGUUGAGAAAGGACAAGAAGAUGCGAUUCGUAUGGCUGGGUUGAUGAAGAUUACUGAUAAUGGACAUGAGUAUUUUGAAUCGCAUGAAGGAUCAUCUGAUGGUCACGAAGCUGAAGGGCUUAUGCGGGAUCAUGAUUAA